AUGUUUCUCAUCGUCGUCGACGCGCACAGAAAGUGCAUUGAGGCGCUUCCCGUGUCGCAGGCCAACUCGCGUAGCGUCAGGACGAUAUUUAGCCGCUUUGGUAUACCGCGCACGGUGGUUUCCGACAACCGGACGCCAUUCACUGGACGAGAGUUCGAGCAGUUCAUGGAGCACAAUGGAAUUCCGCAUAUUCGAACACCUCCCCAUCAUCCCCAGAGCAAUGGACUAGCAGAGCGAGCCGUGUGCACUAUCAAAGACGGCUUGAAGAAGAUAGGAAGCACUUGCCAUAUCACAUCACUGGCACGUGUAUUGUGCAAUUAUCGGAACGCACCACACCAGGAGGGUUCUUCUCCCUCAGAGAGGCUAUUAGGAUACCGUCUGCGCACAAGAAUGGAGAUGUCUUCACCUUCCAGAGUCUAUCCUGCCAAAGCUACGAGUGACCCAGGCUGGAAGUUUGCACCGGGGGACUACGUGUACGUGAGAAAUUACGGUGCCGCCGACAACUGGUCCCCAGGCACAGUGGAGGCUACGCGUGGCACUCGCUUCCUGGAGGUAAAGACUGUGGAUGGGCUUGUCCGCCGCCACGUGGAUCAAGUUCGUAAGCGGAGCACAGAUGAAACACCAGCAGCCGACGAUAUCGACAUGUCGAGGCCGUCUACACCGGGUUUUCCGGGGCCAGUACGACUACAAACAACGGCGCCGGAUACUUCCCAGAGUACCCCAGGAUCGCAACCACACGUACUACGUCGCUCCACACGAGCCAAGAAGCCGGUCGUGCGUUUUGGCUACUAA